GCCCUCGGGAGGGGAGCUGACAGCGCCAGAGAUUCUCCUUCCUCCGCUGCCUUUCUUUUCGGAUCUGCAUGGCCUCCACCCUCCAAUCCAACUGAAAGUUGCUGCCGAUUGCAUCUGGACUCUCGCAGGCCAAGGAUCUAGCCGCGGGGAGCUGGCUGGCUAAGCAUCGCCCGCCGCCCCCCCACCUCGCCCCUUCCAAAGGGCUGCUCAGUGCGCCGCAGGUUGGCCCUAGAGAUGAUGCAGCAGCAGCAGGACGAGUCCAACUCUCCAGUCUCGCCCGCCGACGAAAGCUUGAGCAACAGCGAAGAGGAGACCGAUCGCCAGCAGCAACAGCAGCAACAGCAGCAGCAACUUCAAGGCGCCGGCAAACGAGGGGGACGGAAGAGGCGCUCGAGCCGUAGGGCGGCUGCAGGAGGAGGAGGCCCCGGAGGCGGCGGCGGAGUGACCGGCGGAGGGCUCGGCUCGACAGAGGAGCCGUGUAGCCCGGCGCAAGGCAAAAGAGGCAAGAAGUCGGGCGGCGGCGGCAGCAGCGGCGGCGGCGGAGGAGGAGGGGGCAGCAGCAGCGGAGGAGGCAGCCCUCAGUCGUACGAGGAGCUUCAAACGCAGCGAGUGAUGGCCAACGUCCGCGAGCGCCAGCGCACGCAGUCGCUGAACGAAGCCUUCGCGGCUCUACGCAAGAUCAUCCCGACGCUGCCGUCGGACAAGCUGAGCAAGAUCCAGACCCUCAAGCUGGCCGCCCGCUACAUCGACUUCCUCUACCAGGUUCUGCAGAGUGAUGAGCUCGACUCCAAGAUGGCCAGCUGCAGCUAUGUGGCCCACGAGCGCCUCAGCUACGCCUUCUCCGUUUGGCGCAUGGAAGGCGCCUGGUCCAUGUCUGCCUCCCACUAGCGUCCUGUGCAGCCUGGCGUGCCUGGAGACUUUAGAUAACAUUGUUCUCAAAGGGAAGGAGAGAAAAUGGACAAAGUAGAGACUCUGCACUUGGAUUCGCCCUCAUUCCACCUCCCGGGGUUAUUUCCUCCCUUCUCAGACUAUAGCACGCCAAGGAUUUUCUUGGAAAUGUAGACCCGUUCUUGGUCCAGGUUGCAAAGAGCAGGGCGUGGGGAGAGCAAUUGAGGCAAGAGACCUAGAGCCCCUCAGACGGUGAGGUGGCUGAUCCAGAGUGAAGGCUGGAUGAUCUACCAAACAUCUCUGCAUUCUGAUCGAAAUCUGAACCAGCUCCCCCCCCCUUACCAUUUUGACGAAGAAUGUUGGAAUUUUUCCCCCUACUUCCUUUCCCUCUUUUUUGCAUGCAUGCAUUCCCUAGAGAGCUUAUGAGCCACUCAUGAAAGGAAAUAUGUUACUGGAGUCCCCCACCCUUCUUUUUGAACAGAUCUAAUGACAACGAACCCCCCCUUUUUAAGGAGUGAGAAAGGGAAAUUCUCCCACCCACCGCCCAAAAACCAUUUCAGCAGCAAAACCUUACUGGCUCAAACUCUCAUGAGCAAAAUAUUUCAGGUUCCUUAUUAGUUUUGCUUUGUUUUGGAAUUGUUCCUGGAAAAAAAGGGGGAGGUGCGGGGGGGGGGACAAAAAUGAAUCAUUCUAUUUAUUUAUUGAUGACCCAUGUUAAAAAUGCAAAUAGAUCCAGUGUCUAAAUGCAUUCCUAUUUUGAUGAUUGUUUUGUAAAUAUCAUUGUAUAUUUUUCUGCAAUAAAUAAAUUGAACUGUUAAAGAAAGUUAACAGUUUGAUCUGUACUGAGAAAAAUAGACUUGAAACUCACAGUAAAUAAUACUAGCGCAGAUAGUACCCAGAAGCGUAGUGGGUGUGGGUAGUAGAGAGGAGGUAAUAUAAACAAAUGGGGGGAAAGCGCAAAUAAACCAGCUACUGACAGACACAGGAGUGUUAAUUAUUGAGACAGCUUUAUGAUUCUGUUUGUGGGUUUACUGAGCUUCAGAUAUUAACCCUCUUUCAGUCAAAACAACCAAGUACUUGACAGGUUCAAAAGCAGUGAAAUAUGCAGGGGUCUCUUCCCUCCACUCUCUUAAUGAAAAACCAGUGCCCCCUCUGU